UUCAAAUAUCUAAAGCUUACAUACUUCAGUAGUAUAUAAUAAUGCAUUAGGUUCAAACUGUUGCAUGGAUGAUCAAAUGGGACAACAUUACCUUGCAUUUCCACCAUUUUAUUAAAGGCAGUUUAGUCUCUAGUGUUGUUCGGUGCUGUUACAGGUCAGGUGGUGUAAAGGGUUCAGGUGCAGUUGACACAGAGGCACUGGUGGUUUCUGACAUAUACUAACCAGCACAAUGCUUCCUCUUGCCAUAUAGCACAUAGACAGAGCUUCAGUAAUUAACCUUGCUUUACUGAAGAUGGCAUUUACAGACUUUCUUGCUGCGUCUGAUAUUUCUUCCGCCAUCAAUGCUUGCAAAGCAAAAGAUUCCUUUAGUCCAAAGACAUUUUUUGCAACCCUGGGUCUAUCCAAGAAGUCUCCGUCUGAGAUAGAGAAGGUUUUUAGAAUGCUUGACCAAGACAAAAGCGGAUUUAUUGAGCAAGAUGAGCUACAAUUAUUUCUGCAAAAUUUCUCAAAGGGGGCACGGGCUCUCACCGCGGCUGAGAUGAAGGCCUUCCUUGUGGCUGGAGAUAUGGAUGGGGAUGGAAAGAUAGGCUGGGAAGAAUUCUCAGCUCUUGUGAAUGAUUCUUGAGCUCAGAUCUGCCAAAGAACAACGCUGGAGAAAGAAACACUGCUGAACUUUGUGAUGAGAAAUGUAUAUUAAAUCUUACAUAGAUUUUUAUUAAUAAUCAGUUUCCAUAAUAAUAUUAUAUACUGAAUUUUAUGAUAACUUUAUUAUAACAAUAACAAUGUAUACAAGGAAAUGAUCAUGUACUUUGCUACAUAUUUUACAAUGUCACUGUUCUGCUUGGUUUGAAAAUCUAUGACAUGUUAACGAAUUAAAGAGGUUUUAUCAAAUUCUGUUUGAGGCAUUGUAAUUUAAUUUGUCUUCAGCCACACAUGAAAAAAAUACAUUUCUCAGAGUUUUUCGAACAUUGUAUUGGAUUGCAGUCAAGAGAGAUUUUACCCUGACCUUGGAAUAAAGCAUUUGGAAUGACCUUGAUAGAGAACAUAGUACCCACACACACACACACACACACGCACACACACACACACACACACACCAGGCAAAAGUGAUGACACAGCAAUAAUGAAUUUCUCUCAUAUCUCUUGACCAUUCUGGAGACAGAUCCAUUUCAGUCCUUUCAAUCCUGC